AUGAGGAACGUUAGCAAAACUCGGAACAUGUUACUGUUUGUGGUAACACUUGUAAUGGUGAUAGCGAACCACGAGGGAGAAGCCAUACAAUGUUCGCAGGUAAACAUGUACUUAGCACCGUGUUUGGCUUAUCUUAGAGGUGGAGGAACCCCGUCUGUACCGUGUUGCGGCGGACUCAACAGUCUAAAAGCCGCAGCGCCGGAGAAACCGGAUAAACAAGCGGCUUGUCAAUGCUUGAAGGACGCAGCUAAUGCAAUCCCAGGAAUCAUUGAUGAUAAUGCCAAACAACUCCCUGUUAAAUGUGGUGUUAAUCUCGGUGUCCCUUUCUCUAAAAGUGUCGACUGUACCAGCAUAAACUGA